AUGCAGUUCUUCGGCCGCCUGGUCAACACCCUGAGCAGCGUCACCAACCUGUUCUCGAACCCGUUCCGGGUGAAGGAGGUGUCCGUGGCGGAGUACAGCACGCACAGCCGGAUUCGAGAGGAUGGGCAGCUGGUUCUGUUCCAGAAUGCUGCCAGCCGCACAUGGGACUGCGUGCUGGUCAACCCCAGGGCCGUGCAGAACGGAUUCCGGCUCUUCCAGCUGGACUCUGAUACCAGCGCCCUGACCAGCUUCCAGCAGUUCUCAGCCGUGCUGCCGCCCUUCUACGAGAGCUCGCCCCAGGUCCUCCAGGUCGAGGUCCUCCAGCAGCUGACCGACCUCAUCCGCAACCACCCCAGCUGGUCGGUGGCCCACAUGGCGGUGGAGCUGGGCAUCCGGGAGUGCUUCCACCACGGCCGAGUCAUCAGCUCUGCCAACAGCAGGGAGAAUGAGGAGGGCUGCACGCCCCUGCACCUGGCCUGCCGAAAGGGCGACGGGGAGAUGCUGGUGGAGCUGAUGCAGUACUGCCAUGCCCAGAUAGAUGCCACCGACAACCACGGAGAGACUGUCUUCCACUACGCUGUGCAGGGUGACAACCCCCAGGUGCUGCAGCUCCUAGGCAAGACCACGUCCACUGGCCUGAACCAGGCCAACAACGAGGGCCUGACCCCGCUGCACGUGGCCUGCCAGAUGGGGAAGCAGGAGAUGGUGCGUGUGCUGCUGCUCUGUAACGCCCGCUGCAACGUCGUGGGGCCCGGCGGCUACCCCAUCCACACGGCCAUGAAGUUCUCCCAGAAGGGGUGUGCUGAGAUGAUCAUCAACAUGGACUGCAACCAGAUCCACAGCAAAGACCCCCGCUAUGGAGCCAGCCCCUUGCACUGGGCCAAGACUGCAGAGAUGGCCCGUAUGCUGCUGAAGCGAGGCUGCGACGUGAACAGCACCAGCUCCGAGGGGAACACGGCCCUGCACGUGGCCGUGAUGCGCAACCGCUUUGAGUGCGUGAUGGUGCUGCUGACCUACGGGGCCCACGCCGACGCGCGCGGCCAGCACGGCAACACCCCGCUGCACCUGGCCAUGUCGACAGACAACGUGGAGAUGGUCAAGGCCCUCAUUGUCUUUGGGGCCGAGGUGGACACCCCAAAUGACGCUGGGGAGACACCUGCCUUCAUAGCCUCCAAGAUCAGCAAACUUGUCACCAGGAGGACGCUCUUAACUCUGCUGAAAACUUUAGGGGCCGACUACCAGUUGCCCCUCAUCCCAGGGGUCCCCAUGGAGCAGGGCUCCGCAGCAGCGCAGCACCCCAUCUCCCUGGACACAGCUCAGGCCCCUUCCAUCAGCCUAAACAACCUAGAGCUGCAGGACAUCUCACACAUAGCCCGGACCAAGAAGCCAGCUUUCAUCGCGAACUCAGUGCGGAGCGAGAGGCGAAACCAUGACCACCUGCUGUGCCUGGACGGAGGGGGCGUGAAAGGCCUGGUCAUCAUUCAGCUCCUCAUCGCCAUCGAGAAGGCCUCGGGCAUCUCCUCCAAGGACCUCUUCGACUGGGUGGCCGGGACCAGCACAGGGGGCAUCCUGGCCCUGGCCAUUCUGCACAACAAGUCCAUGGCCUACAUGCGUGGCGUGUACUUCCGCAUGAAGGACGAGGUGUUCCGGGGCUCGCGGCCCUAUGAGUCGGGGCCCCUGGAGGAGUUUCUGAAGCGGGAGUUUGGCGAGCACACCAAGAUGACGGACAUCAAGAACCCCAAGGUGAUGCUGACAGGGACGCUGUCCGAUAGGCAGCCGGCUGAACUCCACCUCUUCCGGAACUAUGAUGCGCCGGAAUCGGUGCGGGAGCCCCGCUUCAGCCAGAACGCAAACCUGAAGCCGCCGACCCUGCCUGGAGAACAGCUGGUGUGGAGGGCAGCCCGCAGCAGUGGGGCAGCCCCCACCUACUUCAGGCCCAAUGGGCGCUUCCUGGAUGGUGGGCUUCUGGCCAACAACCCCACGCUGGACGCCAUGACUGAGAUCCACGAGUACAACCAGGACAUGAUCCGCAAGGGUCAGGGCCAGAAGGUGAAGAAACUCUCUGUUGUCGUCUCGCUGGGGACAGGGAGGUCCCCACAGGUGCCUGUGACCUGUGUGGACGUCUUCCGGCCCAGCAACCCCUGGGAACUGGCCAAGACCGUUUUUGGCGCCAAGGAACUGGGCAAAAUGGUGGUGGACUGUUGCACAGAUCCAGACGGGCGGGCCGUGGACCGGGCCCGGGCCUGGUGCGAGAUGGUCGGUAUCCAGUACUUCAGAUUGAACCCGCAGCUGGGGACAGACAUCAUGCUGGACGAGGUGAGCGACGCGCUGCUGGUGAACGCGCUCUGGGAGACUGAGGUCUACAUCUACGAGCACCGGGAGGAGCUCCAGCGGCUCAUCCAGCUGCUGCUCCAGCCCUGA